UUUUUAAACACGACAGUAAUGGCUGUUUCUUCACUAUUAAAUGAUCACCUGGCACAUUGUAGAAAUUCACAAGUAUUUGUUGAAUGAAUGAAUGAAUAGGAGUUUGGUUUAGGUGAUUUUGCUAAUGAUUUCAAGUAAAUAAUAAAACACCUGUUAGAAUAUAAAAAGUUGAGUUUUUAGAAAAAUCAGGUAUUUCCCUUUGUUAACAAAUUGGUACAUUAAUAUUCUGCAUAUCAACGAAUUUUGACUCUUUUUUGAAAAUUUCAUUGUGAAAGAUAUAAUUUGAACAUAAGAAAUUAAAACAUUUAUAUAAUUCAGUCCAAACAGCUGGUUAAAAAAUAGAAUGCUGGGGGAGGCAGAGCAGAAUGGUCAAAUGGAAGCCUCUACUGAUUGUCCUCACCACAGGAACACCAAAUUGCACAACUAUGCACAUAUAAAACACCUUCAUAAGAACCAAAAAUCAGAUGACUCAUCACAGUAGCUGGUUUUAACUUCAUAUUGCUGCAAGCGGCACUGGAGAGGUUAAGAAAGACAGUAUUGAAUUGUCAGUGCCAUCCCUCCCUCAUCCCUUGGCAGAAGCUGAGUGGUGGGGAGAGAAAAUCUGUAUACUUCGGGGAGGGAGAACACAGUGAUUGUGGGACUUUGCAUUGGAUAAAACUCAGCCAGAGCCCAUGGAUGACAUUGCAUUUGGACCAGCCCUAGGCAUAGGGGAAUUGGCCAUCCCAGUGGUUGGAACCUGAGUCUCGCAAGCCUUACCACUGCAGGCCAAAGUGCUCUGGGGUCCUAAAUAAACUUGAAAGUCAGGCUAGGCCACAAGGAGUGCAAUUCCUGGGCAAGUCCUGGUGCUGUGCUGGGUUUGGAGCCACCACACCACCCGUGAGACAUCAGCUGGGGCGGCAAAGGGAGCUCUUGUGCCACCCUUCCUCCCACCCCAAGUAGUGUACCUUGCAGCUCUGAGAAAGACUCCUUCACUCUGCUUGAGGAGAGGAGAGGGAAGAGUGAAGAGGAUUUCUGUCUUGCAGCUUGGAUACCAGCUUAGCCACAGUAGGACAGGGUACCAGUUACCACAGAGUCCUGAGGCCCCUGUUUCAGGCCCUAGCUCCCAGACAGCAUUUCUAGACACACCCUUGCCAGGAGGGAACCUACUGCUUUGAAGGGUAGGACCUAGUCCUGGCAGGAUUUAUUACCUGCUGACUAAAGAGCCCUUGGGCCCUGAGUAACCAGCAGUGGUACCCAGGCAGUACUUUGCAUGGCCCUUGGGUGAGAUUCAGAGACAUUUGCAUUGGGUAAUGCAAUGCUGGCUUUAGGUGUGACCAAGUAGAUUUCCAGUUGUGGUGACUAUGAGGAGGGACUUCUGCUUCAGAAAAGGAGAGGGAAGAGUUGAAGGGACUUUGUCUUGCAGCUUAGAUACCAGCUUGGUUACAGAGGGAUACAGCACCAGAUGGGCCCUUGGGGUUCCUGAUUCUAGGUCUUGGCUCUUGUAUAGCAUCUCUGGUCCUACCCUGAACCAGAGGGGAGCCCACUGCCCUGAAGGGGGAGUCUCAUUCACCACAGCUGACAGAAGAGCCCUUGGUUCUUGAAUGAAUAUUGGUAGCCAGGCAGUACUUGCAAUGGACCUGGGACUGUGCUCUUCGUGGGGAGAGAUUCCUGUGCUUGUGGAAAGGGGAGGGAAGAAUGGGAAGGACAUCAUCUUGUGGCUUGGGUGCUAGCUCACCUGCAGUAGAGUAGAGCAGCAGGUAGAUUCCUGAGGUUUCCAUGUCCAGGCCCUGGCUUCCAGACAGCAUCUCUUAACCUGCUCAGGAAUGAGAAACUUGCCACCUUGAAGGGAAGGACACAAGCCUAUUUGGCUUUGCUACCUGCAGAUUGUAGAGCCCUAGGGCCUCAAGUGAACAUAGGCAGUGGCCAGGCCAUGGUUACCACAGGUCUUGGGUUUGACCCAGUGCUUUGUUGGCUUCAGGUCUAAUCCAGUACAGUCACAGUGGACCUCCCCCAGCUCCAUAUAACUUAGCAGAGAGAGAGAGAAACUCUGUUUGUUUGGGAGAAUGAAAGGGAAGAGAACAAGAUUCUCUGCGUGGUAGUUUAGAUAAUUCUUCCACAUCUUAUUCAGGAUCAUGAAGGCAAUACCACAAGACUUUCAGAGCCAUAACGUUAGUAGGAUUAGGUUGCCCCUAAUGUAUAUAUGGCUACAGUGACUAGAAACAUAGAUCCUAACACCCAAGUUUUUUCAAAUACCUGGAAAGCCUUCCCAAGAAGGACUGGCACAAACAAGCCCAGACUGCAAAGACUAUAAUAAAUGCCUAACUCUUCGGUGUCCAGACAUCAGUGAACAUCCACAAGCGUCAAGAUCAUCCAGGAAAACACUGACCUCACCCAUUGAACUAAGGAAGAUACCACAGACCAAUCCUGGAGACAGAUAACAUGUCCUCUUGGGUAGAGAAAUCAAAAUAGUUGUUUUGAGGAAAUAUGGCAAAAUUCAAGGUAAUACCGAGAAGGAAUUAAGAAUCUUAUCAGAUAAAUAUAACAAAGAGAUUGAAUUAAUUUAAAAAAGCAAAAAUCCUGAAGUUGAAAAAUGCAGUUGACCUACUGAAGAAUGCACCAGAAUUUCUUGACAGAACUUAUAGAGCAGAAGAAGGAAUGAGUGAACUUGAAGACAGGCUAAUUGAAAGUACACAGGAGAAAAAAGAAUAAGAAAUAAUGAGGCACAACUACACAAUCUAGAAAAUAGCCUCAAAAGAGCAACUAUGAGAGUUAUUGUCCUUAAAGAGAAGAUAGAGAGUUAGGGGUAGAAAAUUUAUUCAAAUAGAUAAUAACAGAGAACCUCCCAAACCUAGCAAAUGAUGUCAGUAUUCAAAUACAAGGAGGUUAUAGAACACCAAGCAGAUUUAGCCCAAGACUACCUCAAGAUACAAGAUACCUCAGAGAUCAAGGAUGAAGAAAGGAUCCUAAAAACAAGAGAAAAAGAAACAAAUAACAUGCAGUGGUGCUCCAGUACAUUUGGCGGCAGACUUCUCAGUGGAAGCUGUACAUACAGGCCAGGAGAGAGUGACAUGCCAUAUUGUAGUGUGGAUCAGGAACUUCAGCAAAGUAUUAUUAGAGGAACUAAGUGACUCUGUACUUUGUUCUGAAUAAAUGUGUCUAUCUUAUUAGCUCUUAGAAGGAAGUGAGAGGACACUUCUUUCGGUGAAAUAGUAUUCCCUUCUGAUUCAGAGAGGAGAGAACAUGGAAGCAGAGCAGAAACUUCAUUAGCAGGCAUUCUGUCCUUUGGUUAAAAGGUAAAAGUGGCUAGGAUGUGGAACAAGGAUUAAGAAAACACAAAUGAGUAAAUAAGAGUUAUAUAACUCUGAGGGACAUAAAAGAAGAUAUGAUCAAUUGGAAAAAAUGUCAUUUUGGGAUAGAAACACUCAGUAUUUUAUGUCUCCCUAAAUAAAUCUUGUCCAGGAUUUCUGUUGAUUUGUUAUCUAAUCAUUUGUAGUUGCUUAGACCAGCCCUAUAUAGUUGCUUUAUUUUUCUCCAUAGCACUUAUCCCCAUGUGAUAUAACUAUAUAUUUACUUAGUUAAUUUUCUUUUUCCCCCCUUCUGGAAUGUAAACUUACAAAGUUAUGUGAACUUAUGAGGGUAUGUUUGUGUUCACCUUACUAGAAUGUAGGUUUAUGAGGGUAUGUUUUAUUCCCUUGUGCUAUCUUCAGUACCUUGAACUGUGCUUGGCAGAGAGGAAGCAGUGAGUGACUGGUGAGUAAGUGAAUGAAUGAAUGAAUACAUAAAACACCCCUUUCUUUCAUAAUUCACAGCACUUAUUGUCCUAUAGUUUUUUUGGUCAUUAAUUUUGUUUAGUGUAGCAUCUUAUAAUGCUUUCUAUUAUUUCCUUUUGGUUCAGUGUCUAAUUGUUUCAUUCCUAUAGGACAUUCUUCUCUAUGUUCCUUGAUGGCAUGAGUGGGACAAAUGCUUCCUUUGUGUACUACCUCACAGUGCAAGACGAAUGGAUAUAGGAACUUGUUGAAUUGAAUACAUGUAUUUAUUUAUAAUGACUUAAAUUGACAAAAUCCAAUUUGCCUUUAAUAAAAGAAUAUUUUUUUAUUGGCUAAAACAGUAUAAUUCUGCAUGAAAUAAUUUGUUUUUAGUGGACGAAUUCUUUCUGGUAAUGUUUUGUUGAGCUCAUAGUAAAUUUUGGUAACUGGAAGUUGGAACUUUUGUAAUUAUAAUUGUAUGAGUUUCUACACAUAAUUUGAGUAAAAUAAUAUCACAGUUUUCAGUGAGAUAAGGAUUUCUUACCUUGAAAUUUCAAUUUCUGAAAAAAUGUCUGUUUAUUCUGUAGUUAUAUUGGGACUUAAUUUCAAGUUGAAAUAUUCUAAAUAAGUAUAACUUUGUAGCCUACUUAUCCUUUAUAUAUAUAUUUGUAAAUAUAAAUAUAAAAAUGUUUUUUGUAUAUACUUUGUUGUAUUUCUCAUGCCAGAAUUUCAUUUAACAGUUUGUGUAGCUAUUUCUGUCCUAUACCUUUGCAUUAUCAUUAGCAUUUUUAAAAAUUAAUUGUAGAUGUUCUAUAAAUCUCUCUGUAUAUAGAUUUUGUAUAUUGUUUUUUGGAGAUAAAUUUUCAAGUGUACACUUCACAUUUUCAAAAGUUACUGAAAUAAUACCAUAAAUGUUUACAAGAAGAAACUUAAAACUAUGUAGAAGUUUUGUUGGUUCUUUUCUAAUUCAUAUGGAGGACUAUUUACUUAUUUACUUAACGCUUUUUGCUUUAUUUCAGGCCAGUCUAUCCAUAUGGGGAUGGGGAAGCCUUGGCAUUGUCCUGUUUCUAAUAACCUUUGGACCCUUUGUAAUAUUUUAUUUGACAUUUUAUAUCCUCUGCUUUGUGGGUGGGGGUUUAGUGGUUACUCUCCUGUUUGGAAAAACAAACUCAGAGAAGUACCUAGAACAGUGUGAACACUCAUUUCUUCCUCCAACAUCAACUGGGGUUCCUAAGUGCUUAGAAGAAAUGAAACGGGAAGCCAGGACUAUUAAGAUUGAUAGAAGAUUGACCGGUGCCAAUAUAAUUGAUGAACCUCUCCAGCAAGUUAUCCAGUUUUCCUUGAGGGAUUAUGUCCAGUAUUGGUAUUAUACACUAAGCGAUGAUGAAUCUUUUCUUCUUGAAAUUAGGCAGACUCUUCAAAAUGCACUAAUUCAGUUUGCUACUAGGUCAAAAGAAAUAGACUGGCAACCUUAUUUUACUACACGCAUUGUAGAUGAUUUUGGCACACACUUACGAGUAUUCAGAAAGGCUCAACAGAAAAUAACAGAGAAAGAUGAUCAAGCAAAAGGUACAGCAGAAGAUCUUGUAGAUACCUUCUUUGAAGUUGAAGUUGAAAUGGAGAAGGAUGUUUGCCGUGAUCUAGUGUGCACUUCUCCCAAAGAUGAAGAAGGUUUCCUAAGAGAUUUGUGUGAGGUAUUACUAUAUUUAUUGCUACCUCCAGGAGAUUUCCAGAACAAGAUCAUGCGAUACUUUGUCAGGGAAAUCCUUGCACGAGGAAUUCUUCUUCCAUUAAUAAAUCAACUCAGUGAUCCUGAUUAUAUUAAUCAGUAUGUCAUAUGGAUGAUCCGUGAUUCUAAUUGCAACUAUGAGGCCUUUAUGAACAUUAUUAAAUUGAGUGACAAUAUUGGAGAGCUAGAGGCAGUCAGAGAUAAGGCAGCAGAAGAAUUACAGUAUCUUAGAUCUCUAGAUACAGCUGGUGAUGAUAUCAACACUAUCAAAAAUCAAAUAAAUAGCUUACUGUUUGUAAAGAAAGUAUGUGACUCAAGAAUACAGCGAUUGCAGUCAGGCAAAGAAAUAAAUACUGUGAAACUUGCGGCAAACUUUGGGAAACUUUGCACAGUCCCCCUGGACAGCAUUCUUGUAGACAAUGUUGCACUACAAUUUUUUAUGGAUUACAUGCAGCAAACUGGAGGACAAGCACAUCUGUUCUUUUGGAUGACAGUGGAAGGAUACCGGGUUACUGCCCAACAGCAGCUAGAGGUUUUAUUAAGUCGUCAGAGAGAUGGAAAACAUCAAACCAACCAAACCAAAGGUCUUUUAAGAGCAGCUGCUGUUGGAAUUUAUGAACAGUAUUUAUCAGAAAAGGCAUCUCCAAGAGUUACUGUUGAUGACUAUUUAGUAGCAAAAUUAGCAGAUACUUUGAAUCAUGAAGAUCCAACCCCUGAAAUCUUUGAUGACAUUCAAAGGAAGGUAUAUGAAUUGAUGCUACGAGAUGAAAGAUUUUAUCCUUCCUUCAGACAGAAUGCACUUUAUGUGCGCAUGUUAGCUGAGCUUGACAUGUUAAAAGAUCCUAGUUUCAGAGGAUCUGAUGAUGGGGAUGGAGAAUCUUUUAAUGGGUCUCCCACAGGAAGCAUAAAUUUGUCUUUAGAUGACCUUUCAAAUGUGUCUUCUGAUGACUCAGUACAACUUCAUGCCUACAUUUCAGACACUGUAUAUGCUGACUAUGACCCAUAUGCUGUGGCAGGCGUUUGUAAUGAUCAUGGCAAGACAUAUGCAUUAUAUGCCAUCACGGUACACCGGCGUAACCUAAACAGUGAGGAAAUGUGGAAAACCUAUCGUCGUUAUAGUGACUUUCAUGACUUCCACAUGAGAAUCACUGAACAGUUUGAAAGUCUAUCAAGCAUAUUGAAGCUUCCUGGAAAAAAGACUUUUAAUAAUAUGGAUAGAGAUUUUUUAGAAAAGAGAAAAAAGGAUCUAAAUGCAUACUUGCAGUUACUAUUAGCUCCUGAAAUGAUGAAGGCAUCCCCAGCUUUAGCGCACUAUGUGUAUGAUUUCCUUGAGAACAAAGCCUACAGUAAAGGAAAAGGGGAUUUUGCUCGCAAGGUGCCUCCUUUAAUUCCGAAGACUGAUGCAGACCCUGAACAUCGCCGAGUUGCAGCUCAACUUGACGAUAAUGUGGAUGACAAUAUUCCACUUAGGGUAAUGCUGCUUCUCAUGGAUGAAGUAUUCGACUUAAAAGAAAGAAAUCAGUGGUUGCGAAGGAAUAUCAAAAACCUACUUCAACAGCUUAUUAGAGCUACAUAUGGUGAUACUAUUAAUAGAAAAAUAGUUGACCAUGUUGAUUGGAUGACUUCACCUGAACAAGUAGCCGACUCAGUGAAACGUUUCAGAGAUGCAUUUUGGCCAAAUGGCAUUUUAGCAGAGACUGUUCCAUGCAGAGAUAAAAGUAUUCGAAUGAGAACAAGAGUAGCAGGAAAAACGAAAUUACUUGCAAUUAUGCCAGAUGAACUGAAGCACAUUAUUGGGGCUGAGACAACACGGAAAGGUAUUCUUCGUGUUUUUGAAAUGUUUCAGCACAACCAAUUAAAUAGAAGAAUGGUUUAUGUCUUCUUGGAAGGCUUUUUAGAAACCUUAUUUCCACAGUAUAAAUUCCGUGACCUUUUCAACAGACUGCAUUCACGGUCAAAGCAGAUGCAGAAAUAUAAACAGAAACUUCAAACUACUCAAGCGCCUUCUUUACAGAAAAGGUGACACUCCACUCUAUGAAGCUGGUGUUCAUUUUGUCCAGGACUAAUGGUAUGGACAGAUCUUCUGGGGCUUAACUCAUAUACUGUUGUGUCUGCACCAGUCUUUUAGUGUCUCAAAAUAGAUUAUUAAUACAUCCAUAAGUCUGUGGUUCUUCUCAUUCUCAUCUAUAAUCCACUACCAAGAGAGAUUUCCAUGUCUUAAAUGAUUUGGUGCAUAUUUUGCAACAUUGAGAGGAUAAUGCCCCCAUCUCAAGCAAGAAUAGUGUUGGUUUCUUCCAUUUCAAACUAAUCAGCAUUCUCCAGCAAUGACAAAGUGCCAGAGUGUAUAUAUGAAAGCUGAGGAAAGCACAAAACAGUGGUUCACAGAUAAAUUGGCUAAUUUGUUUAACAGUUGGAGACUGUGUAAUAUACGAUUUGGAGGAAUUUGUUUUGCAUAAUUUUGUAGGCCUAUGUCAGCAUUUUGAUAUAUCACGGAUUAGCCAGGUGAAUAAUCCUUGGAACAUCUCUUUCAGGUCUGGGGAAAGAGACAGAAUGCCCUUAAUGUGUGAAAUAACCUUAUACCUGAAUUAUAGUUUUGUGAUAUAAAAUGAAGCUGAGUAUAAAAUAAAACCAAUCAAACCCAGAAUUUGAUUGGAUUUGUUAUUCAUUGAUAUACAACAAUUUUUAUUCUUAUGUGUGCCUUAAGGGCUGUGUUGUGCUCUUAUGGUACUCAAUUUUAUGUUUUCUUUUGACAUUGUUGUGCAAAAAGAAGCCAUAUGGUGGCUCUCAUUUAAAUUUCAAAAUUAUUAGUUUUAUCUUUAACAGAUUACUGAUUAUACAAAAGAUAUAAUUUAUUGGAAGAACUGCCAAAUACAUUUUGUCCUUCUAAAAAUACAGAAAUUUAAAUAGUAGUCUGGAAAGUUACCAUAUGAUAAUUUUUAAUUGUGUGAUCUAGACAUGCCUUAGGUAACUGCAGAAAUAGCAAAUUAAAUGAUUAAUGAGCUUAUUAGUCAUAGUAAACAUACAAAUUCCUAAUUCUAUGACAGUGUACAUAUAUGAAAAUAAAUGAUGAAAACUAUAAUAUUUUUAAAAAUAUGCUUUUAUUUAUAUUUCACAUAAUGUAAAAUUCUACAAAAUAAAGCUAGUAGGCAAAACCCCUCCGUGUAUACCUUUAAAUCCAUAAAUUAAUUUUAUACCAAUAAAACAAAAUACCUUCUCUAGUUUUGGAGCUUCUGUAUUUCCUAUAGUUUUCUCACUCUCCAUUUUGUCCAUCUUAGAAGUCCUCAUAUCCCUUCUAUGCAAGAUUUCUGCAUAGUUUUAAAUACUUUCAUUGACUAAGGGUUUGGGUGUGUCAGCUUUUUUUGUUUUAAAAAUAUUUAACACUAAAACCUUAAAAUAGUGAAGCUACUUAUCAGACUGCUGAGCCAAGAUCCUGGUAUUAAAAGAAAGUCUGGGUGCUUAAGGUAAAGGGACAGAGUAUUGGUAUCCCAGUUAUUUGGGAGCUUUAAGAUUGGAAGAAGAUAUUACUGUCUUGUUUUCACUUAGAUCCUACUUACGAAGUGCGGCCUAUUAACAGAAUGAAGCCUUCCUUUAAAGCUUUAUAAUAAUCAUAUUUAUUAAUAAUGCUGUUGUGCAUACUUAUAGUAUGCAUAUAUUCAACAUAUGUUGCAUGUCUUCAGAAUUACAUAAAAUGAAAUCCCUUUCAUUGCAACUUGCAAGUGAGAAAAGAUCCUUAGUGGCUCAGAAGGAAGAAAUAACAUUUCUUCUUCUUAGGGUGUCUCCCUGCCUUGGCCUCUUUCUGAGCCCCAGGCUUUAAAAGUGAAGAUGUGUGAAACAUGUCUGUAGGAAGCAGCAGCAUGGCCAUAAGUGCAGUGAUUUUCAUAUAUGCCACUGCUCAUUUCAAGUUUAUUUUUGACAUGAAUAAAUCUAAGAGUAUACAGAAUAACUGAAGUAAGAGCCUGGCAUGUACCUGUGAAAAGCAUUUCUCUAUCAUGUGAGGAGCACUGGCCAUCAACCAGGGAAAGAAAGGUCAUGUAGUAUUGCAAAUUUUCAAAAUAGAGCCCUGCAAGAUAACUUCAGUCAUACCAAAAACUAUUUGAGUAAAUGGAUUUUUAAGGUAAUUUCUGUUUAAAAGAGUUUAUAUUUCAGAAGAGGAAAAUAUCAAAUGAUAGUCUUUGUAAAUGGUGGUGCAUCUUCUCUAUGCACAUCUGUAUUUACAUCCGAAAGAGCUGUGGUCAUGGUAAAAUUAGAGAUACUUUUUGAAUGACUUGGUCAAGCUGUGUGUAAAAUAUUUAAGCAUAAGUCAAGUACAGUGUACUAUGUUUAAUAAAGUUAUUACAUUUAAUGCAUUUAUUGCAUAUAUGAAUAUAUACAUGAAGAGGUUGUAUGUCUUCUGGUAUUUAAUUUUGAAUGUUUUUUUAAGUCAGUGGUGCCUUUAGGCAAGAACUUUCCAAAUUAAUCAUUCUUUAUGUUUUCUAAUUUUUCAGGUAACAUGUGAACUAUUUAGAAACCAUAAUAGUUUAUUCACCUUAAAAGUUGAUUGUAUUAUUUAAAUAUAUCACUUAGAUGGGCAUUUCCUAUGAUUAGGAUAUUCCAAAUAGUUGCUGAAAUCAAUUGUGCCAUUGACCAAUGGAUGCACUUGGUUAGCCUUAAUUUUUUUUAAAAAACAAAACAUUAAAAACUUUCUUGAGUAUUUCAGUUUGUUCAUUUUAAGUUUGUGCUGCUGGUGUUUGGAAAAAAAUCAAACAGUUAAGUGCUACCAGAAAGUGUACCAAUUUUUAUAAAAAUUAAGAAUAAUGUAAAUUUCACAAUAUAAAAUUUUAAUUUUGUGCAAUAUUUUCAUUUAAUGCAUGUGUAUUUGAGUAAUUGUAAGAUAAAUGAAUUUUUAAUUUUUUGAGAUGUAGCUUAAACUGUCUUCUUAAUUCAACAACCUACAUUCCGUUGUUGCUGCAUCCUUUCAUUUAAGGACUUGUUUUAAAAGUCUUUUGUCACUCCUUGGAAAAUUAUUUUAUUAGUAGUAAAUUUUGCUUAUAGGAGCAUGGCUCCUGUAUUACAAGGGAAAAAAUAUAAAGAGCACAUUUUAGGAUUAUAAUUGUUGAAAGAUAAUGUGUGCAUAUCAUUGUACAGUGUCAACUGUGUGCCUAACUGUUCUAUCAGUACUUUCCUUCUUUGACAAAGAAGAAAAAAUCAGAAUGUCAGUUAUUUUUAUUCAACUAAAAAGAUUAAAAAUUUAUUUGGUUUGUGUUCUGUCCAUUAGAAAAUACUAAUAAAGUAUUAACAAACAUUUUUGUUGAGUUUA